CACGUGUACCCAGUCACAAGACCCGGCCUGCUUUAGGGAAGUACCGAGUACGAGCUGCUCGCCAACCGCAGCGGCUUCCGCCCUCAUCGUCUCAGUGAAAGCCGGCGGCCGACUGAAAGCAGAAUGAAGAAAAGGAUUACGUUGCUGCUUUGGUUUUCCUUGGUGGUGAACUUGGAGUCUGGAUGGUCGUUUGGGAUGGUGAAUCCUUUUGGGCGCAUGUUCAAGGGUGUGAAGGUUUCCACAACUGCAGAAGGCGACCCUGGAAAACCACUUUUCCUUACGCCCUACCUAGAAAGUGGGAGAGCCGAUGAAGCAAGGCAGUUAAGUCUUCUUGGUGAGCUUCCCGGAGCGAAUGUGAAAAGCUAUGCUGGGUAUCUCACCGUGAACAAGACCUACAACAGCAAUUUAUUCUUCUGGUUUUUCCCAGCUCAGGUCAAUCCUGAGACUGCGCCAGUUCUUUUGUGGCUGCAGGGUGGACCGGGAGGAACCUCCAUGUUUGGCCUCUUUGUGGAGCAUGGACCUUAUGUUGUAAAUGAGAACCUCACAUUGAGUCUUCGGAAUUUUUCUUGGGCACAAACAUACUCCAUGCUUUACAUAGAUAACCCAGUUGGUACAGGCUUCAGUUUUACGGAUGAUGACCGGGGGUUUGCUGUAAAUCAAGAGGAUGUUGGAAGAGACUUGUACAGUGCGCUCACACAGUUUUUCCAGAUCUUUCCUGACUAUCAGAAGAAUGAAUUCUAUGCUACAGGAGAGUCCUACGCUGGUAAAUACGUUCCUGCCAUCGGCUAUUAUAUCCACACGCACAAUCCAAGUGCCAAAGUGAAAAUCAACUUCAAGGGUAUCGCCAUUGGAGACGGUCUCUGUGAUCCUGAAGUGAUGCUAGGGGGCUAUGCUGACUUCAUGUACCAAACGGGCAUGGUAGACGAGAAUCAAAAAGUGUUUGUCCAACAGCAGACUGAUCUGGCGGAAAACUAUAUCAAACAGAAGAAGUGGAUUGAAGCUUUUGAUGUAUUUGAUUCCUUGCUAAAUGGAGACAGGACAUCAUAUCCUUCUUUCUAUCAGAAUGUCACAGGAUGUACCAAUUACUUCAAUUUCCUUCAGUGCCAGGAGCCCUUAGACCAAGAGUACUUUGGUCCAUUUUUGGGACUCUCAGAAGUAAGGAAGUCUAUCCACGUGGGAAACCUAACCUUUCAUGAUGGAUCUGAAGUUGAAAAACAUUUGGUUUCAGAUGUGAUGCAGACCAUAAAGCCUUGGUUAGCUGUGUUAAUGGAUAAUUACAGGGUUCUCCUAUACAGUGGCCAGCUUGAUGUCAUAGUGGCUGCCCCUCUUACUGAACGAUUCAUCCCUACUGUGCCAUGGUCCAGAGUGGAAGAGUACAAGAAGUCUGAUCGCAGAUACUGGAAGAUAAGGCCCUCUGACAGAGAGGUGGCUGGAUACGUACGCUCUGUUGGGGAGUUUUUUCAGGUAAUUGUGAGAGGAGGCGGCCAUAUUCUACCAUACGACCAACCAGAAAGAUCCUUUGUGAUGAUCGAUAGAUUUAUAAGAAACUGUAAAUCCCUAACAUGCUAGCAGGGAUUUUAAUGCGAAGCAGGAAUCCAUGUUUUCCCUGCUUUAUAAACUACCGCUCCCUCCACAGAUGAAGCAGAUGUAACCUAUUAUGUUUAACCCUCAAAGUUCCAAGGGAUUGGACCUCUGUCCGUCCUUGAGUAGUUUUUCUUUGUUCAUGUUUAUUGGAAAGGGGUUUUGGUAUGCAAUGAUGAAUAUAAAAAUAAACUAAUAUCUUUUGGUACUAUA